AUGUCUUCUUUGAAACGUUACUUUUUGACGUUGAAUUUCUUUGCUCCGAAGCCCGAUGAUAAUGAGGAGGAAACGGAUGAACAACGUCGAUGGAAUAUCAUUGCAACACGAAUCUAUAUGUUACUUCUUUUAUUAAUUCUAUUUGGAGUCGGCCUAGACUUUUCUUUAAUAGACCGCACAAUCACAGUCACAGUAGAAAAGCCAAGCAAAGAACAACUAGACGCUCUUCCUAAAGAUGCGAAAUGUUUGUGUUCACAAAUAUCGAUACCAUAUGGAAAAUUCACCUCGCUUCAAGCCAAUUUCCAUUCGCUCUGCACAAGUCAGUUCAUUACAGAUCGUUGGAUCAAAGCAAUCAAUUCAGGAUCGCAUACGACUUCAUUCUUUCUCGGUGACUUUCGAACUUUCGGUAGUGCUCAAUUUCAAGCGCUGUCUGCAUUUUGUCGAUUAUCGACGUCCAAUAUCAAUCAGAGCAUUGACUAUUUCUAUUCGAACACAUUACUCAGUUUGGAAGUUUUCAACGAAGAAAUUCUUCAUGCACAAACUCAAGCAUCGAUAUCUCAAUUUCAGCUAAAAGUAGCCGAUACAUUUCAAACCCAAUUACGAUUAAUCAAUUUCUUGACAAUCAACAAUGGACUAAUAAGCAGUCUUCGAACGAAUGCAUUCUAUUUACUUCGGCGCGAUAGCCAGAAUUUGUUCAGCGUAUCUUUGUAUAAUCUAUGGUAUUCACAAGACGAUGGUUCAACAUGUGGUUGUCGAGUGAACAUUUGUAACCGAAGUUUGUCAGGUAUAUUCAGUGCAUUUCGAGCAACAUCUCCGAUCGAAGCUGGUAGUCUUUUGUUAUCUAUUCCCGGCAUAUCAAGUGGUUGUCUCCCGGUUACUUCAAUCCUCGUUUCAAGUCUCGAAUGUUUCUAUAAUCAAACGUGCAUCGACCAACUUCUCUUAUACUUCCCAACCAAUGAAAGGUUUCAAGCGAUACCAGUGUAUCCUCAGAGUAUUUACAAUCCAGAAUCUACCAUACAAACAAUAGUCAACAAUUUAAUGAUAGAAAAUUGGACAAUUGAAAUUUCGUAUGAGAAAUAUUAUUCCGAAUGUGCACCGUCAUCGUGUACUUACUUGCAAAUCGCUCGAUACUCAGUUGGAUUCAUCAUCAAGAGAUUGAUUAGUUUAUUGGCGGGUUUGGUCUUAAUAUUGGGAUUAUUGAUUUCACUUGUUCUGAAAGUUAUUCAUCGAUUAAAAGAUCGAACACCCAUACCGAAAAUUUCUCUAUCACUUCGUUUGCGAAAUUUGCAAAACCUUGUUCUCAAACAACUGAUGCAUUUGAAUUUAUUUCAGCAUUAUCCAAGUUCUGAACGACAAAUUCGCUAUCAAUGUUAUGCUACUCGAGUUUAUUUAAUUUACAUGAUAAUAUCUGUUAUAGUUCUAGCCUUUUAUUCAUUGAUGAUCAAAACAAACCAAUCCAAAACGAUUAUUAAUCCAACAGAAACCCAAUACAUUGAACUCGAAAGACUACAUUUGCAAUCUCUCUCAUGUCCUUGUAGUUCAAUAUCUAUACCAUACUCACGUUUUCUUACCAUUCAACCAGAAUAUCAUCAAGUCUGUUCAAGUGAUCUAGUAUCCGAUGAAUGGAUUAAAUAUUUCGCUGUUUCGACAAGUAAUCGAUCUGUACUCAGUGAUGAUUUCAAAUCAAAUGCAGAUAGUCAGUUUCAACUUUUAUCGAUGUUUUGCAAACAAUCUAAAGAGAUAAUUGCCAAUGCUUUGGAAUUAUUUCUGCAAACAAAGUUUUUCAGUUUACAAAUUAUUCCUCCAGAGUCAUUUCAAGUUGAGACAAAUUCGUUCUUUCAAAACUGGAAAAGGACAACUACGAAAACGUAUCUCACAACAAUUCAACUAUUCGAGACAGCUAUCCAGAAUAAUCAACUAAGUAAUAACCUCAAUUUUGGCAUGAGAGUCGAUCCGAUCUUUGGACAACCGUCCAUGGGGUCAAUAAUAUACUCAGAUUGUAGCUGUGGACGCUCAGUAACAUGCCAUUCACUUGCGAAUCUUUAUACUUAUGAUGCAAAUUUAACUGAGUAUGUUAAAGUGUAUUCAAUUCCGAAUUUUUUUAAUGGAUGUUUCCAUAUUACAUCGUUACUAUUAUCCACAUUGGAGUGUUUUUACAAUAUCUCAUGCAUGCUACAAAUCCAUCGAUAUGCAAAUCCAACAGUAUCUUUUAACUUUUCUGCUCUUGAUCCGCGUCUUAGUUUAGUCAAUGAAACAGUUGCUGUUCUCGUCGAGAAAUCAAUGGUUGAUCAGUGGUUAGUGAAUGUUUCCUUCACUUCGUACUAUGACAUAUGUGCACCAUCAUCCUGCACAUAUCAAUAUGAAGAUCGAGACAAUCUUCUCAUCGUGAUUACCACCAUUGUAGGUAUUUUUGGUGGAUUAUCGCUCGGAUUGAAAUUAUUGAUUAUCAUUGGACUACAAUUUAUUGACAAAAUCAUAGCCAUUCGUGUUGAUGGCCGUGUUUCAUCUCGAUUUAUUAAAAGUAUAUUCGGUUGUACUACAGAACAUCAAGUUAUUCAUCGAUUGCAUUUCAUGUUAGUGGCUGUGACCCUGAGUGUUAUUUACUACUUUGCUGGCGUCACGUCUCGCAUCAUAACCGUUCGGAUUGAUAAACCUAGUUUAUAUGCAUACGAAGAAUUACUUAAGAAAUCGUCGGAUUCGUUACAUUGUGCCUGUUCGCAAAUAUCAAUUCCGCAUCAAGAAUUUCUCAAGGUCACAUCACGUUUUCAUGAAAUUUGCUCGAGUGAAUUUAUAUCCGAUGAGUGGAUUUCGUAUUUGUAUGGUGAUAUCAAUCCUAUUUAUCGGUAUGAGUAUACAGAUUUUUUUUAUACGGCUUCUAAACAAUUUCAAAUUCUGGUUACUUUUUGUCAACUAUCGAAAAAAACAGUUGAAAAUGCUCUUUUACAAUUUGACUCGACGGAUCUAAUUCAAGCUGAUCUCCUAUCAUUCAAUUCACUAGACGCAUACAUUCAACAGACGAUGAUAGAUCUUCGACGAACGAUGCCGAAAUUAUACGCCAAUACACUUGCCUUAAUUCGAGAAACAAUUGGUGCGAACAAGUUAUUGAGUAGUUUAUUCAAUAACUGGGAAUUAUCGUUUGCGGCUAGCGACAUGUAUGGCACUACAGCGUUUUUCUCAAGCCCGAAGGAAUAUAAUCACUGUAGCUGUGCAACAUCAUCGAAAUGCAUUUCACCAUCGCAUGGAAUGUUCGCUGGAUGUUACACACUUGAAACAAUCUUACAAACGCCGAUUCAAUGUUUAUACAACCAAACAUGUAUUGACCCGUCAAAUACUUUCCGAGCAAUCAAUUCAUCUUCAUUAUUAUCGAGCCAGUUUUCAUUGAAUUCAACAUUUCAAUCCAUUGUGAAUGAAUUAAUGCUGGAACAACUAAUGAUGGAUGUUUCGUAUGAAAAAUACUUCAAUGCAUGCGCACCUCUAUCGUGCACUCAGUCGUAUUUGGUCGAAUACAGUAUUAUCGAAGGUAUAGCAAUGUUAAUCGAUCUCUACGGUGGAAUGUUUAUCAUUUGCCGAUUACUGUCUAUAUUCAUCGUUAAACAGGUUCUAUGUUUCAAAUCAAAAGUUCGUGCAAUAAAUGAUUAA